CGCACCUCAAACACAAAGUCCAUAAAUAACACAACACAAAGUUGGAUCAAAAUAUUGCAACCUAAAAUCCAAAAAAAAAUGGUCGAGAAAGACGACAACAAAACCGGGGAAAUCGAGGAAACGGGCCCAAAAUCCGACGGGUCUUCUCCGAACCCGAAUCCCAAAACUGCGAGGACGAAGGUUCCAGAAGUGGAAGUCUGCCUGUAUCGACGGGGAAAAGGCCCGAUCGACACGUUCAAGUCGGGUCUGGGGGGUUGGGACCAGAACCAGUUGGAGGUCGGAGACAUUCUCGACAAGUAUGGAUUCAAAUCGCUUUACGCUUUCAAUACCGAAUCGGGUCGCGGGGUUCCGAUCCGGUUUAACCCUAGAAACGGCAGGUCUAUGCUGCCAUAUAGAGAUGGAGCCACGGUUCAAAUCGACGGAGAGCCUAAGGAUUCAUUGAUCCAACCGGUGACGAAAAUCUUGAUUGGAGUAGCUUUUAUGACCAUCCUGAUAACCUUGGUUUUGAGGGAUCCUCCGCAAUGGAUCCAGAAAUUAAACUUUACUGGAGGUAACUUCCCUCCAUGGAUCAUCGCUCUCGUGAUCAUAGUAUUUACUCGAAUGAGGAAGAGAACCAGGGAUUUGCUGAAAAAGUUUGGUUGGUGAAAGGCGUCAUUGAUGCUCCUCUUCUAAGGUUCAUUAGUUUUUCUUUCCAAUUGCUCUCAAACUUUGUUAAAAAUUGAUUCAUAAUCACUGAAAGCUACUCUCCAGUAUUUACUGAAGUUUGACAACAAAAAAAGCAACGCUCAUCUGUGCAUCGUCACUCAUCCGCAAAAAGCUGUAUGGGGAUUAGACUUCGUCACAAGUAUAAUCCCCUACAAGACUUUGCGGAUGUACACAAGGGGGCAUUUUCCAUAGUUUCCCACAUUCAUUUUAUGUAGCUUCUGUAAAGAAUCCAAGAUUUUGUAUGCUUGACUUCUAGAAGGAUUGUGCAUUUAUUGAUUUUGAACUGCUAGUAAGCUGGCAGUGGAGGUUGAAGACAUUA